AUGUUUGUGGAACCCAGUCCAGUCCCACGUUUCCGCAACGAACCGCCCGCACCACCCCCUUCUCCACCGUACUUAAACGUCAUUGUGCAACCUUUUAACAUCAACAACAACAACAACAACUCAGCAGCAGAAACAGAUGAAAAUGAUAAUGCAUCUUCAACAAGGAGGCAUAGCUUGAUCACUGAUAAUGAACAUAGUGAUAUUCCUACUAUCUUCACCACAUUACCACAACAACUAUAUCAUGGAUUGGAUUUACGACAACAACAACAAGAGGAAGAACAAAGACGACCUAGAUUAGUAUUUACAUCUCCCUUACAUCGAGGACAAACUAUCACAUUUUCUUUACAAAACGCCAUUCCAGAUGAUCAUAUCAUUGUAUACAAAUUUUUGACCAGCAAUACCAAUACAGAAAGAUAUUUUGUUCGACCUAGUGCAGGAAGAAUGAUUUCAGGUGAAACACAUUCAGAUAUCAUGCUAUUUUUGAAUCAAGUGCCUCCUUUAGCUCCAGGUGAAGUUCUCAAGGAUAAGAUUUUAGUACGGUGGGCUGUCAUUCAACGUGGUACUCAAGUCGAAGAAUGGGUUAAUCAACUGAAGGAAUCAACAAGAAGAAAAUGGUUGGAAAUGUUAUUGGAAAACUGGCCUGAUCAAGUGGUGGAAAGAAAAACAAGAAUUAGUAUUCGUUUUGUAUGA